AUGGCAGCAGAAAAGACACUCGCAUUCAUUGGAUGCGGAAACAUGGGAGGCGCAAUUCUCAAUGGAGUUCUCGACGCUGCAUUCAAAUCUUCCGGCUCGGAGCAACAAUCGCGACCAAUUUCGAAAUUCAUAGCGUGCACCAAGAGUGCAGGAUCUGCCGAACGUAUUCAAGCAGCCCUUCCAGAAGAAUUUAAAUCUUACGUGAAAGUGGUCUCAUCGAAAAUUGUUGAGAGCAUGCAAGAAGGCAACGUCGUUGUUCUUGGAUUCAAGCCAUUCAUGGCUGAUGACGUUCUCAGUAUGAAGGGCGUAAAGGAGGCACUUGUUGGCAAGCUUGUGAUCAGCCUAUUAGCCGGACAGACACCGCAAAACCUCGCUCAAAUUAUUGAGAAUUCAGAUUCCAGAUCAAUGACGCCUCCGGUGGUGGUUCAGGUCAUUCCGAAUAUGGGUGCAGAGUUCCGCCAGUCAAUGACCAUUAUUCGAACACCUGAGACUCCACUCCUAACUGAGAUGAAAGAUACAGUGGAAUGGAUCUUCAACCAGGUUGGCUGGAUUAAGUACCUCCCUGAAAACCAAAUGGACGUGGGCUCUGUGCUUGUAGGCGCAGCUUUGGCGACCCUGACGGUGCCGAUCGAAGGAAUUCUGGAUGGCUGCGUGGCUGAAGGUAUUAAGCGUCCUGAUGCGAUGGAAAUGGUCUUGCGGGGUAUUCGGGGAUUAUCAGCUGCACUAGAGGCAGGCAUACACCCUGCUGUUCUGCGCGAAAGUAUUUCCUCUCCACGGGGAUGUACGAUUCAAGCACUUCUGUCGCUUGAGAGGGCCGGGAGCAGGGCUGACUACGCCGACGCAAUUAUCAAGGGAACUCAACAUUUGAAGAAAUGA